UGAUCAACCCAAAACAAAGAUAUUUCAAUCUAGACUGUUUGAGAAACAAAAAAAUGAAAUUUCAACUCAGACUGCAUUUUUCUUAGAACAUGAUCAACCCAAAACAAAGAUAUUUCAAUCUAGACUGUUUGAGAAACAAAAAAAUAUUUCAACUCAGACUGCCUGAGCUCGAUUGAGAAUAUUUAUAAAAAGCAACACAAGUUUGCAUGAUCGACGUGAACGUUACAUACUCUAAUACCAUUUCCGGGUAGUUAGGGUUUAUGAAUGUUGGAUCUUUCUGAACCGCUUUCUCUGGAAGCUCAAUUUAUGGCAGUAAUUUAUAAAGGAAACAAUUUUCGGGUCUAGCCUUCUUCAAUCUUUGUGUUCUAAUCUUCAAGCUACUAUAUUUCGUUCGCGGCUUUUUCUUAGUAUAAAAUAUGACGUCACUUUUGUUCCAUCGUCGGCCUCUUCUCUUCCAGCGAUGUUUGCUUUCUUCCACUGUUAAAUAGCGCGAUUGAGUUAAACAAGUGUGAAAAUAGUCGUUGCUUCCCUAGAUGCGUUUUUGGCCUUACCGUCGCUUAAAAAUGAAAAGGAAGACUUAUAUCGCGUUAUGUGUAUAACCGGAACCUCAGGCUCGUGGGCUAUUGGGAGCAAUAUUCAUAUAUCUGAGGAAAUUCAUACCAACUGCAAUUUGUGAUGUUUCUUUUUUCUUACUGAUACCGUGGGCCCUUGCACCCAAUACAGGCAUUUCCAACAAUACAACGAUGAUAAUUUGUCUUCUACCUAACGAAACCGAAAUUCAUCGAAAUCAAUCAUCAUUAUCGUCAUAUGUUGUGUUCACUUCGCUGUACGCAUCGAGAACGAUGCAUUACAGCAGACUUCGGUUACUAAUCUGACAACAAAGCGUCUAAUCGUUUUCUCGGCUACGCAGGCAUCAACUUUCAGGGCAGCCUGCAGGCGUCUGCUAUAAUGUGGCCUCGCUAUCGUUCCGAAAACCACAUCAUGAACGCCACAUUUGAUACGUGAAACGUCCCGGCGGUACUUAGCGCGUUUGUCUUUUUCGAAAAAAAACUUGCGUCAGUGACUUAGAACGACCUAUGACCGGCAGGCUUAAAUAGGAUCGGAACUAUUGUUUGACACCGAUCUACGCCAAUCUAUCUUUUGCUCAGAUUUCGUUCUUCUCGAACUUGUUUACUUUGUCCUCGUUCUCUUUAACAGGGUAUCGGGACAGUGCUAAGCAUCAAUGAAUUGAGAUGCAUAUAAACCGAAAUAAUCCCAUGAAAGCGAUUGUCAUUUGGCUUGCCAUUCAUUUCUCUUGUGACAUCAGGCGACUGUGACCACGUUGGCGCAGUUCAAGCGUUACAGGAUAAUCUGUAUUCGACAAAUGGCGGCGUACAUGAGUUAGUAGUCCUUGCUUUGUCUAUCCUCGUGACCUAUAAACCUAGUGGAAUAAAUACCCGAAUUAAGUUAGCUUGAUCGGCGCGCGGGGGCUGUUUUCUCGUGGACAACAGAUCCACCUGAAAUGGCUAUCCAGUGGGGAUUGGUUUGUGCUUUUCUCGUCGUGAUUCUGCUCAUCAGUUCAGAGACUUCUGCCAUGUUCAUCAGUGACGUAAAAGAAGAAGUGAAAAAACCUUGUAGGUUUCCUGGAACACCAUGGCAUGGAAAGGUCGAGCCGUUGAUCUCACCUGCCAACAAGCGGGAAUUCCCUCAUAAAACCAAUGUCAGCUACUCCUGUGAUCCCGGCUACACGCUGGUUGGCAUGAAGAAGCGGCAAUGCGACAACGGAAAAUGGCGUAAUCCAGUUCCGAAGUGUCUACGCAAUAUGGCGUUGGAAAAACCAGUGUUCUUCGAUACUGAUUAUACACAUGCGAGCUACGCUGUUGACCAUGAUGAGAAUAGUUGCGUGGCAUCGAAGACCAAACAUGCAAAAUACACAAUGAUCGUCGACCUAAUCGAGCCCACUACGGUCAAGUUAAUCACUGUCCUAUUUGGAGAACCAGCAUUCAACGUGUCGGUAAUGAUACGAGUGGGUAGCCAUUAUCCAAACACAUCGAAAAUUUGUGGCCACAAAAUCCUCGACAUCGUUCCCGGUUUGCCCAACUAUUUCAGUUGUCGGGACAACCCAGUUGGCAGACACGUUUCCGUGCAGGUGACACAUUCGAAAGACAUAGUGAACUUCUGUAACUUACAAGUUCUUUCGGAAAGUGCCCUUGCUGCCCAGGACGUGUGCUCCAACCAAAAUGAUAAUCUAAAUACGACAAUUGGUUCCAUCGCUGCCCACACCAGGGGCUACAGCCCCGUUCUAAUUAAGAGAUUGAUUAUACUGCCAAUUUUUAAAAAUAUUGAGCGAUAUUUUGGAGAUUACAUGGAGAGGUUACAUGGAGUACGUGAGAAAUCGUCAAGCAAAUAG